AUUGAGACAAUAGGUUGUAUCAAGUUUGAGAGUUUAAUUUGAGUGUUUUUUUGUUUUUUUUUAGGCUUGAAUUCUCCCCAGCAUUGCAAAAACAUUCAGACUUUAGCAUCGCAUAUUCCUGUGCCUAGGUAUAGUUCCACUGAUGAGCCUAUGUUUGAAGGAAAUCAUAGUGCUUUUGAAAUACAAGUUAUUAAUCUACUUGUUACUAUUAAAAACCAAAACAAAGAUAUUAAAAGUAUCUUGCUACAGAACAAUAAAGAAUUGACAUUCGAGUUACCGUCAGACUUUCCUGUGAGCCUUCCCAUAGUGAUUGCUCAAGAUAUAAACCUUUUGGAAGAAUAUUUAAGGAGCGAAGCAAAAUUAUCACUUCUGAUAUUGUACCUCUCAAAGUUAGGGGGACGUGAUAUAACGAAUAAGACAAACAUAAUUUUGAGGCGCCUAAUAUCUAAUCAGUUGGCAGUAAGAUACAGUUAUUUAGGAACCCGGCAAGAGAAGAAGGCAUUUAAAAGUACUAUUCUUAAUAAGGUUGUAAUAAGAGCUGUUCUUUCUGGCACCAUUGCAACUGAACAAGAAAUAGAAGAUGCCAUUAAAAAUGGUUAAAGCAUGCACUAAAAAGAUUAAAAAUAAAAUAGUAAUGUAUCUUUUUUAUACUCAGUAAUAGUAGACUGUAAUAUUGCGUUACCUCUAAACAAUAUUAAAGUUUGAUUUUCUGCUACAUAACCUUUUUUUUUGUUUUGUUAGACAAUGUCACGAAGUGAAGGGAACCAUAAAAAAGUCGUUAGUGAGCGUCAGUCAUUUAGACAUGUCGACAAAUAUUUAAUGAAAUAAAUUCCUCACAGGUUGUGGCUUCACCUCAACAACAGAGCAUUAAUACUGUAGAAUCCAGUAAUUCAAAUUUUGAUGUAGCUGAAGAUAUUUUGAGCAAUAGCAAUAAUAUUGAACCAGAUCUGAGAACCAGCAAUCAAAGCUGUAGUGUGCAAAUUGGAAGGGAACUUGAAGAAAAUUCAGACGUAAUAGAUGAUAAUUCCAUAGAUGAAAAUAAUGAACUAAGUUUAAAAGAUGAAUUACAAUGUUGGGCUACAAAUUUCAAAAUCUCUCAUACAGCCCUUAAAGAUCUUCUCCAUAUUCUGUCAUCCUAUCACCCUGAGCUUCCUCUUGUUAGCCGCACGUUAUUGCAAACUCCAAAAAAAUUUGAUAUAAAAAGUUUUGGGUCAGGCGAGUAUGUGUAUUUAGGCAUAAAAAAUAAUCUGGAAAAAUUCAUUAGACAACAUGAUUAUAAAAAUGACACACUUAUUCUGAAUUUUAAUAUUGAUGGUAUUCCUUUGUACAAAAGUUCAAAUAUGCAAGCAUGGCCUAUUUUGGGAUCACUGAAAGUGGAUAACAUGCAAAAGGUAUUUGCUAUAGGAAUUUAUUGCGGUACGUCAAAGCAUUCUCCUUUGUCUUUGUAUUUUGAGGACUUCAUCAAUGAACUAAAUAUAAUAAAAAAUGGCAUUUUUGUAGAUACUAAAAAAUAUUUGGUAAAAUUAGGAAAUUUCAUAUGUGAUGCAGCGGCAAAGUCUUUCAUAAAAGGCAUCAAAGCACCUGGUGGUUAUUCAUGUUGUGACAAAUGUACUGCAGAGGGAGAAUAUAUUAAUGGAAGAGUAGUAUUGCGUGAUACAAAUGCUCGGAAAAGAACUGAUCACUCAUUCAGACUAAAACUUGAUGAUGAUCACCAUGUUGGCACAACACCAUUAGUCAAUUUAGAAAUAGAUAUGAUUCAAAAUUUCCCUAUUGAUUACAUGCACAACAUUUGUCUAGGUAUUACAAGGAAAUUACUACUUAGCUGGUCUGGAGAAAAUUUACAUAUUAGACAAGGUGCUAGAGUGCUAAAUGAAAUAUCAGACAUACUAAUAGGUUUUCAAAAAGCUACUGUUAAGGAAAUUAACCGAAAACCAAGGUCUUUAAUGGACCUAAAUCGUUUCAAAGCAUCUGAGUUCAGAACCUUUUUAUUAUAUACAGGAGUUGUUGCAUUGAAAGAUACCAUUAAUAAAAAAAUGUAUUACAAUUUUUUAAUAUUAGAUAGUGCAGUUUCACUUUUAAUAUAUAACAGUACUCAUGAGAUGGGAAAAGUUAACUGUGAUCUAAGUAGUAACCUUAUACAUAGAUUUAUAAAAGAAUGGGAACAAAUAUAUGGCACAGAAUUUUUGAUUUAUAAAGUUCAUAUUUUACAUGUAUGUGAUGAUGUUUUACAAAAUGGUGC